AUGGCUGACGCUUCCGAUAAACAACUCGUAACAGUGGGUUAUCUCAACAAAAGGCUCGAACCUGUGGAGAAAACCAUUCCAGAGUAUGCACUACACCCAGAAAACCUUGAAAAGCUGAGCAUCCUCAACAGCAUGGAUGUAAACACCGUUGCUUUCACAAACAAAUACGACAGCAUCGACUCCGAAAACAAGCCGAUACGGUCUGAAAUCGACGGAAGGCUGGAGACGCUUGAACAUGCAACGCUUGGAGACGACAGCGACAUAAGGAGGGAGUUCCACUUGGGACUGAACACGGAAGCCGUAUAUGACUUGGGAAACACGACACUCCACAGCAAGUACACAUUCACUCUUAAAAACAAGACACUCGUGGUGGAAACCGAGAACGUGAACUUUGUCGGUGAUUUCCCCUACUCGACACUGUUGGAAGAACAACAGGCAGUCAUCGGCGUAGUCAAUGGUCUAAACAAUACAAACCAAAGAAUCGACAACCUUCAAGAGACGAUUACUUCCGAGUCUCUAAAGAACGACAGCACGAAACAUGAGGAAGAUAUAACUUCUCUAAACACUAGUGUAGACAACCUCAAUGGAAACAUAACCAGCUUGGAGGAACGGCUCACUGGUAAAGACGGAACGAUUACAACGCUCUCAAACGAGGUUCAAACCUUAAACAACGAAGUUAUAACUCUCAAAGAGGAUGUUGAAAGCAACACAAGCACUAUUGAUGCCUUAGACGAAAGAACCACCGAACUUGAAAAGUAUAAGACUGAAAGCAGCUCGUCUUUCUCAGAGCUUAAAACACAAGUUGAGCAAAACGGGAAAAGCAUAGACGACAUUAAGGUCGAGUUGUCGCCAGACAACAAAAACCCAAUAGUUCGCAACAAACAGUUCAAAGAUACAAUCGACACAUUGGGUGGAAAAAUCGAUGACUUGGUAAGAACAAACAAGGUUGAGAAGGAUUCGACCAAACUCGUGGAAAGCGGCGGUGUGUGGAACGCGAUUGAGGGUUUUAAGUGGACGGAAAACAUAUCGGAGUACGAGGAUGUUCUCAUCUAUCUUCUCGACAAGAGGAGAAAGUAUGAGUUCUCCACAUUGCACAAGGUCUACCAAUGGAUGAACAGGUUGAUGGCUGUCGUGCUGCAAGUCUAUUUCUCACAGAAAAACGGACCGUAUGUUCCAGACUUCGGAGAUGACGCGCAGCUCACCAAGGAGGACUGGAAAGGACUUAGGGAAAUCGUGGAUGUGGGCGAACAACUGCUUAUCCUGUUGGAAAGGCUGCAAAUCACGACAAAGGACGGAACGGUUAUAGAGGACAACCCGCUUUACGAAGGCAUCGAAUUCAAACAGGACGAAAUCGUGGCUUUCAAAAAGAUGCUUGUCUACAAGGACGAGAUUAUCAUGCUCGAAAAGAAAAUUGCGACACAGGAAGUCGUAGACCAGAAAAUUGCUGCGGCUAUCAACGAGCAUUGUCUGGAUAACGAGCAUCCACACCCUACAGACUCGUAUAUUGCCGAACAUGUUAUACCAAACAAAGCCAACGGUUUGACAGACUCGGCAAUGACAACUGUCAAGAGCGAAGCGUAUGAUUUCAUUGUUGCGUCCGACAGAUACAAGACACUUGAAAGGGCUGAAAAAUGCAGAGACGUUUACUCAAACGCUUGCAGUUAUGCCGAUGGACUCAAGACUGGUAUUGAUAGUUUGAUUGAAGCUUUCCAUACCGACCUCAACAACUACAAGGAAAAAAAUGACGAAGCUGUUGCCGAAAACACCAAAAAAAUAGAAACCGUUAAUUUAAGGGUUAAUCAAAAACUCACCACAACCGAUUUUGGAGAACACUUCAAAACCGAGAUGGAAGGCGUGGUUGCAAACGCUCCCGUGGUUGGAACAGGUCUUUACGAGGACUUGAAGGAAAAACCCGACAUCGAGGGAAUGAUUACAACGGCAAUAAGUGUUUUCGUGCCGCGUUCAGAAAUCGAGGAACAUUACGCACUAAAAACAGAACUCAACACGAAGUUUGACACUGCUGUAGACAUUUUCACCACCACUUCAAAGAAAUACACCGACAACUUCGGCUCUUGGAGACUUCUCGAAACAGUUUCAAGCGUAGACGAGCUUCCAGACCCGAACACCAAGGGGCUUCUGGUUGGAACAAUCUACUCUGUCGAACCAGAGGAGGGCGACCCGACAUUCUACAUCUUCCACAAGUACGAGCUGGAGGAAAGCGGACACUGGUUCGACCUGUUCGACUUCAUCUGGCAGCGUCUCUCCAAAUACCACUACACCAAGGCAGAGGAGGACGAGGUUCAUGACUCAAUCAAGCAGCUCGUCAUCGAACUCAGGAGUUUCCUGCUUGAGAACUAUUACAACAAGGAGGAGCUUGAUGCCAAGUUCCUCACGGUCGAUGUCGCUUUGAACAACCUCGAUACGAGAAUCAAACUCAACGACAACAGGAUUGCCGAAAACAAGACGAAUAUCGGAAAAAACACCGAAAGUAUUAAAUUCCUCGGCAUCAAGAUACUCCACCUCUGGAAAUGGGUCAAAAAGACCUAUCUCACCAAGGAUGAAGCCGAUAGAAGGUAUGUCUCCAGAAAGAUGUUGGACGACUAUUACAUCAAGGAUGAGAUUGAUGCAAAACUCAACGAGUUGGAGGAAAAGCUCAGAGCUGAAAUAGAAAAGGUCGAUUUCAAGUUGACUGAACACAUAGAGGAUGCAAACAAGGUGUUCGAGCAACUUCACGCCAAGGACGAGGAACUGAAAGGCGAGAUUGACGACCUUUGGAACGACAAGGCUUCCAAGGACGGUGUUGCCGAAGCGUUCGAGAGGGUUGUAACUGGCUACUACGCUGGUUCGGAGGACUACGGCUACAGCGAGGAAAAACACAUGCCAGCACCCGUGGGUGAUGGCGAAAUCUACCCAGUCGAGUCAUACAAGAGCCUGUUCGACAAGUUCAACCUCGACCUAGACGGAAACUACGACCACACCGACUUGCUCCUGAAAAUACUCCAGCACACUGGUUCAAGCAUCAAGAACGAUUAG